CGGACAGCGAGCAACCUACUGUCUGUCUGUGGGAAGUUUUAAACCUAGCCGAAUGUUCAUCUCAGUCUUUUCACGUCUAGCCGUGCAUUCGGAUCAAGAUACCUUUAGGACUACUUUUGACACAUGCAGUUUGCUGCUGUGGCUGUGAUUUAAUCCGGACACGAUUAAAAAUUUUGAUUUUCAAAACAAACCAGAUGAGUGGGCUGCGCCAAGUAAGAAUCCCGACCUAAAGAACCUGUCACCUGGGGUGCAUUCUUCAGAUAAGUAAAGAGACGACUUUGUCGGCUUUAUCAAGACCUGCACAGUGAGAUCUGAGAUUUUACUGUAGCCAUGGGGGGUUGUUGGAGAUGGUGUCAACGGAGCUGUGUGUGUUUCCUCACCGAAGAGGAAAGACGGGCCAUCUGUAUAGACAUGGAAAUUCAAAAAAUCCUCAAAGACCAGAAAAAGCGAGAACGCAAAGAAAUAAAAGUACUUCUUCUGGGGACUGGAGAAAGUGGCAAAACAACAUUCAUCAAACAAAUGAGAAUCAUUCAUGGCAAGGGCUACUCUGAGGAGGACAGACGAGCAUUUGCUAAGUUGGUUUUUCAGAAUGUUUUCACAGCUGUAAAGGCCAUGACUGCAGCCAUGACCGCACUCAGGAUUCCCUAUGCAAACCCACAAAAUGAGAUUUAUGCUAAGUGGGUACAAGAUGUGGACAUCAGACAGGUCACUCAGUUAGACAGAGGUUAUGUGGAUGCUAUUCAGCAUCUGUGGACAGACACUGGACUCAGGGUCUGCUAUAGUCGCCGUCGUGAGUACCAGCUUUUGGACUCAACUGAAUACUUCAUGACGAAUCUUGAGCGUAUUGCUGGCCCUGACUACAUCCCUACUGCUCAAGAUGUCCUUCGGGUCAGAGUGCCGACCACAGGCAUCAAUGAUUAUUCCUUUAGCGUUGAGAGGAUAACACUCAGGAUUGUGGAUGUAGGUGGACAGAAGUCAGAGCGUCGUAAGUGGAUCCAUUGCUUUGAGAAUGUGACAUCCCUCAUAUUUUUGGCCUCCCUCAGCGAGUAUGACCAGCGGUUGGAGGAAAAUGAUACAGAUAACCGCAUGGUGGAGAGCUUGACCCUGUUUUACACCACCAUCCACUCGCCCUGGUUCAUCAGUGCCUCCAUCAUACUCUUUCUCAAUAAGAAGGACAUCCUGGCCGAAAAAGUCCAGACUUCUGACCUACAAACAUACUUUCCAGGGUUUACAGGAAGGAGACGUGAUGCUCAGGCAGCCAUGGACUACAUCUGCGAGAUGUAUAAGCAGCAGGGCAACAGCCGAGAAGUAAAGAGGGAACGCAAAAGCAUCUAUUCCCACUUCACUUGUGCCACAGACACUAACAACAUACGUAUGGUGUUCAACGAUGUGAAGGACACAGUGCUGAUCAGAUCUCUGGCUGAAUAUGGGGUCAUUUGAGGGCUGGGACUUUUUUUCCAUUCUCUGGAUAUAGAUUUAAUCAUCAGACAAAGUAUCCAAGUGACUAACCGUCUUCGGACUGUAUAACAUUAAUUGCAAUAUGAAGUGGUGUGGUCACUCCAAAAAUAUAUUCAAUUAGACAUUUGAUACACACACACACACACACACACACACACACACACACACACACACACACACACACACACACACACACACACACACACACACAUACUGUACUGUAUUGCCGAAAGUAUUGGGUCACAUAUGAACUUAAGUGACAUCCGGGUUUAAUAUGACGUCGCCAGUCGGUCCACCCUUUGCAGCUAUACUGUAGUACCAUCAAGAAUUAUUGGCCUCUGCUAAAGUAAACUGGUAUAAAAAUAUCAAUAAUCUGUUGGUGAUAUAUUGUACCAGUAAUCUCACAAUGAAAACAUUCUAACCUUGAAAGGAAGCACAUUUAUUUUGAGAAAAGGACAAUCUCACACGCUCACAAUUAUUGGCACCCCUGCUUGUAAUUUCUUUCUUAAGCCUCCCUUCGCCAUAGACAGCAGCUUGUAAUAUUCUCAUAUGACACCCCAUGAAGUCGGAGAAUACAAAGCAGUGAUUACAAGAUUUAAGACCAUUCGUCUUUACAAAAUCUCCCCAGAUUGUCCAUAUUCUUAGAUCCACACAGAUGCACAGACAUGUUGGAACAGGAAGGGGCCAUCCCUAAGCUGGGCUUGGUCCCUUAGUUCCAGUAAAAGGAACUCUGAAUGCUCCAGCAUUAACCAAGAGAUUUUAGACAAUUCCCUGCUCCCAACUUUGUGGGAACAAUUAGGGGAUGGCCCUCCCUGUUCCAACAUGACAUGACACAAGUGCACAAAGCAGGGUCCGCAAAGACCUGGAUGACAGAGUUUGCGGUGGAUGAACUUGACUGGCCUGCACAGUCCUGACCUCAACCCAAUAGAACACCUUUGGGAUGAAUUAAAGCAGAGACUGAGAACCAGUCUCUGGGUGUGUCCGAAACGGGCUAAAAUGCUGCCUUCUAAGAUAUCUUACAGGGGAGCGAGGCAUCGUGUCACGUCCGAAACAAAAACGCUGCCUUCUAAGAUACCUUCGUUUUGCCCAGUUUUGAAGGCAGCAUAGAUGUAUCCUUCAUGCUGCCUCCAACGUCCAAAAGUUCUAUUUAACUAUGAUGUCAGUGAACGGUAAAAUGCUUCCAUUCACCUCUUUGUAUUUAGCUUGCAAAAAUCACGAUAGGUCUGUUUACACGUCUAAGCAUGUGUAUACUUCAAAUUUCGACUUCUCUCCUCCACAACACCAUCCCUGGGGUCUUAUCAAGUGAACCACGUUGGCUGGUCAGGUUUUUAAAGCAUUUCCAGAAAUUGUCCGGUCAUUACACAUCAGUGGAAAUUAAUUUGCAAUGACUAUCAAGCUAAUAGCGAUUUACGCUAACGCAGCUAAAGCACAGCUGUUGGUAACAUAGCAACGUCGUUCUAUGUUGAUAUCUUGCAAGGCUGUCCGAAACAGAGUUUUUAGCUGCUGCCUUGUUGCCCUCUACGGCAACUCACUCGCAAGGCAGUGAAGGCAGCGUGGCAGUAGGCAGCUGCGUUUCGUUUCGGACAUAGCCUCUGUCCAACAUCAGUGUGUAACUUCACAAAUGAGCUUCUAGAGAAUAGUAAAAUUUGCCCAUAAACACACUUCUAAACCUUGUGGAAAGCCUUCCCAAAAGAGUUGAAGUUGUUAUAGCUGCAAAAGGUGGGCCAACAUCAUAUUAAACCCUUUGGAUUAAGAACGGGAUGUCACUUACUGUAAAUUCAUAUGCGAGUCAAGGCAGGUGACCCAAUACUUUUGGCAAUACAGAGUAUAUUACCGGUGUAUAUAGAUAUAUAUAUAUUGCCAUUGCAGUCGUGCAAAUAUAACUGAACUGAUGUUUGACACAACACCUCUAAUGAAUUCAUUACUUUGUUUCACUAGGGAGCCCCUACUUUUUCCCCUUUUCUUUUCUAUGAUUCUGGUGCACAUAAGAACGUUUCUGGUAAUCACUGCAAAAGUUUCUGUUGAACGCAAGAAACAUUUUUUUAAAAAAUGUUUUGCCUAUGACCUCUUAGGGGCUCUGAGUUUCUGUCUUUUUUUUUUUUUUUUUUUUUUCCAUUAUUAUUAUUUUUUUUUUUUUUUUUGCAGGUGCCCCUAAAUUCUGAAGUAUUUAAUUCAGUUUUGCAAAGCUGCACACUUUUGAAUAUUGCAUAUUAUAAUUGACAGGAAAAGUACCUACUUUACUGGUCACCAAAAAUAAUCAAUGCUACAGUUCCUAAAUGCAACCUGCCUUUCACUGCACCAGGCUACAAAUAAUAUUUGUCUUGUAUUUUUUAGAAUCAAAGAAAUAUUUAGAUAACAUUAUAUGCUUCAAAGGUAAUAUGAAUGUAUAGGGCCCUCAUUUAAAUGACAGUCGAAGUGCAAAGUCACUACCUAAGCUAUUGUGUGAAAUGUAUUGAGCUGAACCACCCUGUAGGGUCUUGCUCAUGAUAUCAAAUGAGCAAACCAUCUGUGCACUUUUCCUGCCAUUUAAAUUAGGGUUCAGAGUGUAAAUGCUGUAAAAUGUGAGAUUUUAAGAAGCUACACAAUUUAAUAAUUCCAUAUUUUUAAUCUUC